GUUUCACACCAAUAUUAUUCAAAUGUUAUACUAACUUCAAUACCAUUAGCAUUUGUUAAGAACUAGUUGUUUUCACACCCUCAAAAAAUUCAUCAACAAAUCAAUAUAUAUAAAUAGAGUUGAUCUAAUUAUCAGAACAAAAUCUCAAAUUCCAACCCUAAAGUUUCACUAGCCAGGUUCAAGUUGUACUCAUGUGAUGGAGAAACAACUUAAGGUGAAGAUAUUACCCGAAACAGCUCCAAAUCUCGCUUCGAAAUUUCAAAAUUUUCAAUUUAUCUCGACAAUGGAUCACAAAUCCAGCCAAGGAAAUGCAAAAAAAUGGGUAAGGCGUCAUGAUUGGAAGGCCGUUUCUUGCCCAACCAGCCCAACAAUAUCGAUGAAUCGAAAUGGGGACGAACUUUUCCCACCGUCCAUUAUGAAAUUUCGAAACUAUCCAUUCAGUCCAAUAAUGGAUCAUAAAUCCAGAUCACAGAAUUCAACUAAGUGGAUUAGGCCUCAUAGUUGGAAGGGGUCAGUUUCUUGCCCAAGCAGUCCAAUGGUAUCCAUGAUUGCAAACGCGGACGAGCUUUCCCCGCCUUCCACAUUUUUAAGAAACCAGGCAAAUUUUCAUAACCGUAGUUCAGGACGGUUAUCCAAAAAUGCAGCUUCCGAUGGCACAAAAGUUGUGCAUUUCGCGGAUGCAAACAUCCGAAAUCUUGUUGCGGCUAUGGAAAACUCCUCUCUUCCGAGUGAAACUAGAAAGCCCAUUUAUAAUGGUAGUAAAUGUACAAAGACUGAUUCGGAACCCACUUCACCAAAAAUAUCGUGCAUGGGAGAGAUCAAGCUUAAGAAGAGAAAGAAGAUAGAAAAAGCAAAAGACAGAGAAGAAAAGAAGCAUGUGACUAUGUUUCAAAGGUUGUUCAACUUUUUGAAGCCAAAAUCUGAGGUGAGGAGGAAAUCAAAUGCUUCUGCGCCUCAAGACAAUCAAGUAUGCCCCCUAUGAUGAUCAAAUUAUGAAGCAAGUAAUGAAAGGAUUCUGGUUUAAAAUAUUCCCAAAUUAAUACUGUCAAAAAUAUUCUCUCCAAUCCAUUGAUAUAGGUUUGAUGUAUAAAUCAUGCAUUAUUAGUUUAUUUUUUUAAAGAAAUAUGUUCACCUCUAAAAAAAAUAUUCAUUUUGUAUCAUAUAUUUACUGUAAAAUUAUGCAACAUAUACUUCCCUCUAUUUGAAAAAUAGAGAGGAUCCAACUAUUAGUAAUAAGAAGAUUCCAUAGUUCUUGAUCUAA